AUAAAAUGGCUUCGAAGCUUUCUCCUGAUCACCAAAGCUGCACGAGGUAAAUGAAGUAGUUCAUGCUACUACACGGGCUCUACCAGCAAGAAGAUCUCUUCAUCGUGGAGCUGUUGGUGACGAAAUAUUGCCAGCAGUAGCUCCACCUGCAAGUGGAUGUUGUCGUCUCGGAGCUGUUGGUGCUGCGAAUGUGAUACCAGCGUAUAUGGUGAACAAAACGCAGCUCCUCCGGCAAGAGGAUCUCGACUUCGUGGAGCUGUUUGUGAUGCAGUGAUUGACAGCAGUAGUUUGGUGACCAACUCUGAGCUCCAGCAGCAAGAAGAUGUCUUCUUCAUGGAGCUGUUGGUGAUAGUAAUAUUGACAGCAUUAGCUUUGAUGACCGAGACAGUUUAGACCUUCACGCUGUACAAGUGGUUGAAAUUUUAAUACAUUAUAAACCGCUGUGAAGUGUUCCAGAUCUAGAGCUCAAUAGCAACAAUCCACUUGCUUUUGCCUCCAGCUCCCAUUCGCUGAUAGCAACAAGAAAUAUGUGAUAUGACACUCUCCUCCAGUGCUCAAGAAUUUUAUUCUGAAUCAGCCGACUGUGCUUGUCUUUGAUAACCAACGGAAUUAAACACGAGAGAAAGGCUGCUCACAAGCUCUCAAGAAGAUCGAUAUUAGCUCAACAUCUUGUGAGACCAAUUUACUUCGGGAGCUUUGAAGGAUGUCAUGUCUGGCUAAAGAUCAGCGAGGCUGUUUCACCGAGUCUUUCCAUUCAAGUCGGCGCUAGGCAUUGUUGCUCGACGUGAGAGAAAAGGGACAUGGAAACUCACGACCUCGUAUGAAGGUGGGAGAAAGAUGCUGCAAUCAUG